AUGUCGCUGAGCAGAAGUAUUGAAUUUGAACACUUCGAGGAACGAGAGAAGCCGCACCGGACACCGAGGACCAACUCUGCCUCCGGGUCCCAGUCUGGCUCCAGAGGCAACGGUCUGGUCCCGAGCCCGGCGCACAGUGCGCACUGUAGUUUCUACCGCACGCGCACUCUGCAGUCCCUCACCACCGAGAAGAAAGCCAAAAAAGUGCGUUUUUAUCGCAACGGAGACCGAUAUUUCAAAGGAUUGGUGUACGCCGUGUCUAACGACCGGUUCCGGUCUCUGGACGCUCUGCUCAUGGAGCUCACACGGUCCCUGUCGGACAACGUCAACCUUCCUCAAGGAGUCCGGAUGUUAUACGCGAUGGAUGGAGGCAGUAGGAUCACCAGUCUGGAGGAGUUGGUGGAAGGUGAGAGUUAUGUGUGCGCCUCAAACGAACCCUUCCGACGCGUGGACUACGCCAGGAACGUCAACCCCAACUGGUCGGUGGGCUGCAAGAGCGGCACAUCGCGCUCCCUCUCCUCUCUCGUCCGGCUGAAGAGUGAGCUGCAGCACGAGACCAAGGACUUCAUCAAACCCAAGCUGGUCACAGUCAUCCGCAGCGGGGUCAAACCCCGCAAGGCCGUACGCAUCCUGCUCAACAAGAAGACGGCGCACUCCUUCGGGCAGGUGCUCACCGACAUCACGGACGCAAUCAAGUUGGACUCCGGAGCUGUGAGGAGACUGUACACUUUGGAGGGCAAGCAGAUCAUCUGCCUGCAGGACUUCUUUGGGGACGACGAUGUGUUUAUAGCAUGCGGCCCGGAGAAGCACCGCUACGCUCAGGACGACUUUGUGUUGGAUCUCAGUGAAUGCAGAGUGCUAAAGACGUCGUCCCACAGCCGCUCCGCUACUCCAAACCGUACAGCUAAGAGCCCCAGACCUUCACGGCGCAGCAAGUCACCUGGUGCAGCAAAACAACCUGUCCACUACUCCACCAGUCAGUCUCCACUCAAAUCCCCAGUAAACGGUGUCUCAAGCAGCCAGGUCUCAACUCCCAAGUCCACCAAGUCCUCCACUCCAUCUCCCACCAGUCCCGGAACCAUCCCCAGUUUUGAGGUCCCUCCGUCACAUUACAUCUCGUCCUCGAAUGUAAACGGGUCAUUAAACAACCACCAGGAGCAAAGUGAUCGGCUGAGUCCGGAGGCAGUUAAUGGAAACCGCUUCAUUCCGGCCUCAACCAUCUCGGAAAAAUACAAGAUUGGCAAAGUGAUCGGAGAUGGAAACUUCGCCGUGGUCAAAGAGUGCGUGGAGUGGUCCACAGGAAAAGAGUUUGCACUGAAGAUCAUCGACAAGGCCAAGUGCAGUGGAAAGGAGCACCUCAUAGAGAACGAGGUUGCGGUGCUGCGGAAGGUGAAACACCCCAACAUCAUCAUGCUGAUAGAGGAGGUGGACACGCCCUCCGAGCUCUACCUGGUCAUGGAGCUCGUCAAGGGAGGGGAUUUAUUCGAUGCCAUCACCUCCUCGGCGAAAUACACCGAGAGAGACGCCUGCGUCAUGGUGUACAAUCUUGCCGGAGCUCUGAAGUACCUGCACAGCACGAACAUCGUCCACAGAGACAUCAAGCCGGAGAACUUACUGGUGUUUGAAUAUCCAGAUGGCACCAAGUCAUUGAAACUGGGGGACUUUGGUCUGGCCACAGUGGUGGAAGGACCUCUGUACACCGUGUGUGGAACUCCUACAUAUGUAGCUCCAGAAAUCAUCUCGGAGUCCGGUUAUGGUCUGAAGGUGGAUAUCUGGGCUGCAGGUGUCAUCACCUACAUCCUUCUGUGUGGCUUCCCUCCAUUUAGAAGUGAGAGUAACAUGCAAGAGGAUCUGUUUGAGCAGAUCCUUCUAGGACGCCUGGACUUUCCCAGUCCUUACUGGGACAACAUCACUGACUCAGCCAAGGAGCUGAUUGGAAAGAUGCUGCAGGUCAACGCUGAGGGUCGAUACAGCGCACAAGACAUCCUCCGCCACCCUUGGGUCACGGACGACACCGUCAUGGAGAACAACAUGAAGAUGGAGGUCACAGGUAAACUGAAGACGCACUUUAACACUGCACCUAAGCACAACAACACCACGGCUGGAGUGUCCGUCAUCAUGUUUGAGGUGUAAAUGUGGAACCUGGCCUCGGCCCCUCCUCCUCCUCUCCAUCCUCUUCCUCCUACCUCCUCCUCACCCCCUUCCUCACACCCAACCCAGGACCAAAG